UGUAUGAGUGUUGCAAAACGCGCAACUAAAAUGCGCCCUGCGCGUGUUGUUACGCACAUCUGGUUGUGUGAAUCAUCUCGAAUUGUGUAAUCGAAAUUAUCAGCUUUACACGUUCGGAAAGAGAGAUAUAAAUACUUUGUGUUAAAAUGUAAAUAACAUAGCAAUGUAUGUCCACAUUUCGCCAUGCGUCACGCCAUUGGUCCUAGCACAGUAUAUCGUAAUAAAUUCGUGAAAGGCAACAAGUAUCGCCGCUGGAAUGAUUGGUAGUUUAGAUUCAGAGAUGAACGAGGAAAGCACUUCAGGAAGCUAACGUGUCGCACGAUCUCCAUUCUUAAACGACGACGCGCAGAACGUUGUUAAGCGUUUAUGUGACUGACUAAUAAAAAUUGUGCAGAAGGACUAGUGUUACCCAUUUUUGCUAUUCGACCAUCCGGACGCUGUCUCCAGCUGAACUGACGAGCACACCGUUAACAAUAAACCGACUUAUUAACAAACAAUGGUGAAACAAAUGGUAGCUUACGUUAGCACAUUAGUAUUGCUGCUAAUAACGGAUUCGUACAGUUUUGUACAGUUUGAGCAUACCUAUUCUGCGCUGAAACAAUGUACAUCAAAUAUAGAAAAUUAUUUUGACAAGUGGGCAGAUCCAAAAGACACCUCAGAAAUUAAUUAUUAUAACGAACAUCAUUCUAUACAUCAGGAAGUAUUUUAUCCUAUCAAUUUACCAUUAUUACCCAUACUUUUUGCUCGGUCAGAAUAUCUGCCAAAUGGACAAUGCAAGGAAGAUUCACGACUGUUCUUCAACGAGUUACUAAAUGAAACUUUGUGGGCCGUGCAAAUGUUCGAUUCUUCAUCAAAAUAUCCAGAUGGGAUAUUGUACGGUAAUACGAGGCAUUUAGGUAAUUUUGAUGGAUGUUACAAUUUGCAAGUUGAUGUUAGAGAAAAUAGCGGCAACGAUAAAAUUACUGGUAGAUAUUGUUUAGUCGAUCUUCAGUAUCAAAGGAAAAAUGCAUCAGUGUCUCGUAACAUUGUUCGUAAGCCAUUUAUAUCAGAUUUCGAUCCAAAAGGAACUUUCUGGGAUGCGAUAGAGGAACAAGGAAACCUUUAUCGCAUUCGUCGCUAUUUUCUGCAAUUAGCUCUCUGCGUACCAUCAGCUUGUAGUGCAGAAGACGUGGAAACAGUGCUAAAGAGCUCUAUAGAAAAGAUCAAUAAGAACAAUAACAUCGAGAUACAGAUAACAGUUAACAAAAAUUUUUGCCAAGCGGCUGUAGACGCACCUAAUUCUGUUGCUGGAGCAAUAAUUUAUUGCAUUUUAACGAUGAGCUUGCUAAUUUUAAUAAUCGUUGCAACUUGGUUUGACAAUGAAUUGAAAAGUAAUGAAUCAAGUAUAUCAGGAUUUCGAAAGACUAUACUUUGCUUCUCAGCUCGGAGAAAUUGGAAAAAUAUUUUUCAACAUAAUUACUUUGAUCCAGGGAUGGAUAGCAUACAUCUAUUGCGAUUUAUCUUUACAGUUCUUGUAAUAUUUGUACAUUUUACACUAGAAUACAUUGCUAUUCCGACGAAUAAUUUCUCCGAUAUUGAAAAAGCUAUAAGCACGCCAAUGGGUAUUUUUGUUGCAAAUUCAUUUUUGAUAGCAGAUAUAUUCUUUGCCAUAUCUGCUGUUUUAGUCACAUAUCAGUUACUAAAGAACCUAGAUCGAAAGAAAAAACUCAAUUUUUUCAACAAUGUAUUAUCUAGAUAUUUCAGAUUAACGCCGUCUUACAUGGCAGUAAUCUUUUUUCAUUCUUGGAUCUUGCCACUUCUUGGUUCAGGACCUUUUUGGAAGCAUGAAAUCGAACAAGAAAGCAUACGAUGUGCUACUAAUUGGUGGACGAAUCUGUUAUACAUCAAUAAUUAUGUAAAGUCGACAGAAAUUUGUAUGUUUCAAUCAUAUUAUUUAUCUGUCAAUUUUCAAUUUUUCAUUCUUAACCAAUUUAUAAUUUAUGCAUUCUGGCGCAUGUCGCGUAAAAUCGGAUAUUUCUUCCUCGGAACGCUAACGAUUGUUAGUUGCUUGAUACCAGUUAUUGCAGCAUAUUUUUAUGGUGCAGUACCUGUCUUGAUGAUACUACAGGCGCAUAAGCUAGAAGAUGUACCUUAUUAUUUACAAUAUUACAUAAAAACACAUAUGCGUGCACCUGGAAAUCUCAUUGGUGUAAUCGCUGGUGCAAUACUUUAUGAUCAUGGAAGAAUAAAAUGGCGACUGUCAAAAUUCUGGUCACACAUACUGGUGGUACCAUUGCCAUUGAUUGUACUCGGUGCUUUUUACCUGUGGUCACGCAAAAUUUUUAUACCAUAUGGUAAUUGGUCAAUUUUUGAAAAUGCAUUUUAUGCAUUUUGGUUUAAAUUGAUACCUGCGUUGUGUGUCUGCACUACGAUAGUUGUACUAUCUACUGGUAGCCAAUUAGAAUUGUAUUAUAAUUUUUUUACUCCUCGCUGGGCUCAACCAUUGGCAGUAUUGACUUACGGAGUCUAUCUCAUCGCUGAUACAUUCCACGCUUUUCACAUUGGACAAACCAGAAGCACCAAAAUGUAUUCCUCUUUUAAUAUAAUAUGGGAAAGUAUACCGAAUAUGAUUACAUCCUUUUUGAUCGCUUUGUUCAUUGCGAUAUGCAUCGAGAUGCCAUGUAGACAACUGGCAAAACAGUUCUACUCUUCGAAGAAGUAAUAAUACUGAUAAAAGGUAGUAAUAAUAAAUAAAAUUUUAAAAAUAAA